AACUUCAGAGUAAACGCUUUUAGUGCUUUAUUUUUCUGCCUUGAAAAUAAAAAUAAAGGCAUUGAAAAUCUGUGUCAUCCUCAAUUGACCGUCAGAUUAAGUCUUUCCUUCUGCUAUUAUUAAUAAGCAUUGAUUAAAAAGAUGGCGGAUUUUCCUUCUCAGCGUACCAAGAAUUUGUUUCCGAACUUGAAGGAGGAACUUGAAUCUGCAAAAGCCGAAGCUUUCGCUAAGAAAAAAGAAUUGAAUAAGCUGCUGCAAUAUUCAAGCAAAGCAAGAGAGCAGCUCGCAAUGUGUAACUUUGAUUUGAAGGAUUUCAAGAGAUCGCAGAACAAAAUUCUGAUUAUGUUGGAUAAUAUCCGUGAAAUGCAGUUCAACAGGAUAAAAAUGGUUAACGUGGUUGAGGGAUUACAUAACGCCCAGGAGAGUCAGCUGAAGGCCAAGAAGGAAGCUGUUGAAGCAGCAGCGAGUGCUAUUACUUCGACUUCUCAGCUCCUGGAGAACGAGCGGAAGAAGAAGGAUGAGAGCGCUAAUUUACUGGUAAACUUGAAGAAAGCAAAGGAUAGUCUCCAGCAAAAGCUGGGAUUCUAUGAGAGAGAGAAUGCCAAGAUGACUGAAGAGACGAAGGACUUGCAGCAAGUUCUGGAAGAGGAAGAAACCCUCAAGUUGAAGAUCGCGGAACAGCUUGAGAUGAGUAAAGUUUUGACCGAAAAAAUUGGUCCAUUGAAGCAGCAUUAUGCUGAGAUUGAUGCUGCAGCUGCCGCAAAGACCAAUGAGAUGACAGCAAAGAUUCAGAGAACCCAUGCAGAAACUGCUCAGUUGCAGCAGACUCUCAAUGAUCAGCACAAGGAACAGAAGCAAAUCUUCUUGAAUUACUUUGCCGAGAUGGAAGGCUUGAAGGAGCUGAAGCAGAAGUCUGAGGACCUGGGCAAGGAGGUGCUGGAGCGAGAGAGAGCUUAUAUGAAAAGGAAGGCUGAGCUUAAGGAAGUCAAUGAGAAACUCAAUAUGAGUGUUGAAAACGAAGAGGUGGAGCUGAACGUCCUCGAGGAGAAGGUCAAGCAAAUGAGGGAGCGAGAUGAUGAAGUGCAGAAGAAGAUAAAAGAUGUUGAUUUCGAGAAAGUGCAGGAAAACAUUAAAAUACUGCAGGAGAGAAAUGAGGAGCUAGAUAUGGAAAUUGCUGAAAGGAAGAUCCAGAAGCCAGAAAAAAAUAAGGAUGUCAAUGAAACCGUAUCCCAGAAAACUUCUGAUUCUUCCAAAGUCACCAAUUGGCUGAGGUCCAUUACUAGCCCAGAUUCAUUGGCAAACAAUUCUGUGGUCAGUCGUCGAAUGGAGAGGUUUUCCACUUCAACUACUUCACAUUACUCCUUUGAGGGAAAUGACCAAGAAGAUACUUGCGAAGUUUCUUCCACUUACGUGCGGGACAUCGAUCUAUUUGAUUAAAAAAUACCUCACUUUCCACAGUUGCAGAGAAUUUUAUUUACUGACACGAAAAAUUUCCUUACAUAACCAAAAUUAUGAAUUAUUUUUAACAAAAUGAAUUUUAAAACUUUGAAAUUAAUUUUUUCUCUGAAGAUAAAUCGGAGAAAUAAAGCCAGAAAAUAUAAAAAUUAAUCUUUAA